UUGACGCCUCUGAGCAGACAACAGCGUGUGUUGGUGUGCAGGGCUGUCGCAGUUUGAUUCAGAACUCUUCCGUAAUCAGCAUCGAUAAAGAAGGAAGUGCAGCCAUGGCGCAGGGGCUCAAAGAAAGAUUUGAGAAGUUUCUAAAUGAGAAGAAUCUAAUGACAGAUAGUCUGGCCAAAAUCGAGGCAAGAACUGGCGUAAGCAGGACGUACAUCGCUGUGGCUGUCAUCGCUAUCAUCGCAGUUUACUUGGUCAUCGGUUACGGAGCCUCCCUACUGUGUAACCUCAUCGGCUUUCUUUAUCCGGCCUACAUAUCGAUUAAAGCCAUUGAAAGUGCCACCAAGGACGACGAUACCAAAUGGCUAACCUACUGGGUGGUGUAUGGACUCUUCAGUGUGGCAGAGUUUUUUGCUGACAUCUUCCUCUCCUGGUUCCCAUUCUACUAUAUCGGAAAGUGUGCCUUCUUGGUGUGGUGCAUGGCUCCGACUCCCUCUAACGGAUCGGUCCUGAUUUAUAACCGCAUCAUUCGACCAUUCUUCCUCAAGAAUGAAGCCAAGAUUGAUGAUGUGGUGAAGAACCUCAAGGACAAGGCGUCAGAAGCUGCUGACAAGUUCAAGGAUGAGGCCAAGAGAGCCACAGCCAACAUCAUGUUUGAGGAGAAGAAGAGCUCCUAAGGAGGGUUCCUGUCCAGAGUCUUUCUGGAGCUGACUCUGUUACAGAAGAAAUGUUGCCUUGAAAAUGUUUGUUUUUAAGAACUAUUCAGUACGUAAUCUUAAUCUUCAUCCAACCUGUAUUAGAUGUUUCAUGUGUUUCAAUUAAAGCCAUAUCCCAGGUCCGUUUAUUAUUUAACUUUGCCUUCUGGAGGGCUGUAAGAUUGCUGUACGGCAGCCCUGAUGCGCUUUAUAAAUCAAAUAAAGACUUGCUGAAGUGGU